AUGAGGAUCCUCAGCAGGAACUUUCGCCUUCAGGACAUCACCAUCAUGUACUUCACCGCCCUGGGUGCCCUCAUGGUCAUCUUGGUGGCUUCUUACCAGGCUCCCACCAACGCCUUUAACGUGUCCGACCUCAAACCGAGCUCCUCUACCCCUCUGCUCCCUCUGCCCAUGCCCUUCCGUAUGCCCCUUGACCCGCGCGGGGAGCUCCAUCUGUCCUGGAACAUCAGCUACGCCACACAGGAGGUGUUCAUGUUACUGAAGGUUGCGGAGCUCAGGUAUGGAGUGGUGCUGGGGAUGUCCGACCGCGGGGAGCUGACCAACGCCGACCUGGUGGUGCUGUGGGACUCUGGGACCAAGAGCUUCUUUGGGGAUGCGUGGAGCGACAGCGAGGGUCGCGUCUCUUUGGACAGCCAGCAGGACUACGAGCUGAUCGAAGCCAAACAGAAACCUGACGGAUUCUACCUGCUCUUCAAACGACCGUUCAGCACCUGUGAUCCCAGAGACUACCUCAUCGAGGAGGGAACGGUGCACGUCAUCUACGGCUUCCUGGAUGAACCGCUCACCUCCCUGGAGAAGCUGAACCUGUCCCGCAUCCACACGGGGGUUCAGCGGGUGCUGAUGCUGCGCCCCGACACCCCGGACCCCACCCUGCCCCCCGGCCUGCAGACGCUGGAUGUCCUGUCCCCAAAUAUCUUCAUACCAAACCAAGAGACCACCUACUGGUGCUUCAUCCAGAAGCUGCCGGAGAACAUGCCCAAGAACCACAUCAUUAUGUAUGAGUCAAUGGUAACUCCAGGUAACGAGGCCAUUGUGCAUCACAUGGAGGUGUUUGAAUGUUCCCCGGAUGUCCCAGACGUUCCCGAGUACAGCGGCUCCUGUGAUGACAAGAUGAAGCCGAGCAAGCUCAACUCCUGCCGCCACGUGCUGGCUGCUUGGGCCAUGGGUGCUGAGGCUUUUUACUACCCUCCUGAUGCAGGGCUGCCUAUGGGUGGACCAGGAUCCUCGAGGUUUCUUCGUCUGGAGGUUCAUUAUCACAACCCUCUGCUUAUAUCUGGCCGUCGUGACUCAUCCGGGAUACGGCUGCAUUACACCCCCAGCCUGAGGCGGUUUGACGCAGGGAUCAUGGAGCUCGGUCUGGUUUAUACUCCGAUCAUGGCCAUCCCACCCAAACAGCACUCCUUCUACCUCAGCGGGUACUGCACCUCCAAGUGUACCCAGGCAGCUCUGCCUUCAGGAGGGAUCUAUAUAUUUGCCUCCCAGCUGCAUACCCACCUGGCGGGGCGGGGGGUGCGGACGGUCUUGGUGAGGGGAGGCAAAGAGGUGGAGGUGGUGCAGGAAGACCAGCACUUCAGUACACACUACCAGACAAUCCGAGUUCUAAGGAAGAUGACAAAGGUUUUACCCGGCGACGUGCUCAUAACAAAGUGCACUUACAACACAGAAGACAGGAGCGGGCCCACAGUGGGCGGUUUCAGCAUCACGGAUGAAAUGUGCGUCAACUACGUGCACUACUACCCUCGGACUCAGCUGGAGCUCUGUAAAACCCACGUUGACCCCGGAUACCUGCAGAAAUACUUUAAUUUCAUUAACAGGUUCCAGGGGAAUGAUGGGUGUGUGUGCGGUGACGUUGGUGUGACGGAGCAAUAUUCUCAGCUACAGUGGGACGCCUUCACUGGAGAAGUGCUCGACUCCCUUUACAGCACGGCCCCCAUCUCAAUGCACUGCAACCAGUCGACCGCACAUCUCUUUCCUGGAGAGUGGGACAAGCAGCCCGUCCCGGUGGUGACGGAGGUCCUGGAAAAACCUCGGUACCCCUGCGAAGGAGGAGCCCUGCCCAGCAGCCGACCACCGACACCCCCAGUGUGA